AUGUCAAGAGUUUGGAAUAAUAUUGCCGACAUCAAACGCGCAAUUGACAAAGUGAGCAUUCCACAUGAUAAAAUCAUUAAAAAACACCAAGGGGCACAUGGCAUCUCAUGGAAAUGUGACCUUAUGGGAAAUAGGAGAUAUCAAGUGAACGCCCUUCACCAUGUACUAGAGGACAAGGGUGCCACAGAUAAUGGAAGAUUCAAUUGGAUUAAGGAGGUUCCAUCAAAGGUCACAUGCUUCAUUUGGAGGGCAAAAAUGGGUCGCAUCCCAACCACAGUGGCGUUAGCUAAACGGAGAAUCAAUUUACAAUCAACCACCUGUUGCUUGUGCAACUCAACGGAGGAAUGUUCAGACCAUGUACUAGUCCAGUGCCCUUUUGCAAAAACAAUCAUGGAAUGA